AUGCACAGACGCUCGUCUGGCUCGCCUGUCGAGGACGACGCUGAAGAUCCUUUGAUCUCUCGAACUCCAUCCGAGCCCAGCGGUCCCAAUGCCGUCGAACCGUCCGAAAGAGCGCGUCCGCAGGUAGCCCGCACUGGCACCAGCUUUGACCUGCGUCGAGACCACACCGGUGCCUCGACUCCUCGUUCUCGAAAUUCGAGUACGUGGAGGAUGCCGUCGUCCGCGACGACCACCCUCCUCCCUCCGGAUCCGCGCUCCUCUUCCGCCGCCAUGCCCUUGACCUCCCAGCGACUCCUCGCCGAGGCCUCCCCAGACGCUCAGUCUCGAUCGCGACCCGCUCGCCUCCGCAGUCCAUGGCCAUGUUCAAUCCUGACCGCACUCACUUCCCUACUCGCUUCCCUUUUUCUAUGCGCCAUCCUGCGGUCUUUCGCAGCUCGCCAGACGGGUGGAGACGGCUGUGGGAUCCCCGUCAUGAGUCCGGCUUUCCUCCAUAUGGCGGGGUUCGACACAGAGCAUACGCGCUUCGCCAGUAAAUACAACCUUUACCUUUACAGGGAACAGGGUGUGGAUCCAUUCAACCACGAAAACUUAGGGUUGAAUGGUGCGCCAGUGCUUUUCUUACCCGGGAACGCCGGUAGCUAUCGACAAGUGCGAUCCUUAGCCGCCGAAGCGUCGAGACAUUACUUCGAGGUUGUGCGCCAUGAUCAGGAGCGUCUCCGUAGUGGAACCCGGAGCUUGGACUUUUUCAUGAUCGAUUUCAACGAGGAUAUGGCUGCCUUUCAUGGUCAGACCCUCCUUGACCAAGCCGAAUAUGUCAAUGAAGCGGUCGCAUACAUCCUGUCGCUCUACCAUGACCCUAAGCGGUCCCGAAGGGACCCUGAGCUCCCGGAUCCCAGCUCCGUCAUCAUCAUCGGUCAUUCCAUGGGCGGAAUUGUCGCGCGCACCACCUUAACCAUGUCGAAUUAUCAGGCGAAUUCCGUCAACACCAUCAUAACCAUGUCCGCACCGCACGCCAAACCACCUGUUUCCUUCGAGUCCGAUGUCGUCCACACCUACAAGCAAAUCAAUGACUAUUGGCGCGAGGCUUACUCUCAGACCUGGGCCAACAACAAUCCCCUAUGGCAUGUGACGCUCAUCUCUAUCGCCGGCGGUUCCCGCGACACCGUCGUGCCGUCAGAUUAUGCCAGUAUUUCGUCCCUCGUUCCGGAGACACAUGGCUUCACCGUUUUCACCUCUACGAUCCCUGACGUGUGGAUCGGAAUGGACCAUCUCUCUAUUACUUGGUGUGAUCAAUUCCGAAAAGCCAUUAUCAAAUCCCUGUUUGAAAUUGUGGACGUCCGGCGUGCCAGCCAAACAAAGCCAAGAGCAGAGAGGAUGCGGGUGUUUAAGAAGUGGUACUUGACGGGACUAGAGCCUAUUGCCGAAAGAACUCUAUCUCAAAAAGAGCCCAACACGCUCCUGACGCUGGAGGACCAAUCGAAUACUAUUCUCCCUCAAGGCCAGCGACUCAUCCUCCGUGAAUUGGGCCACCGCAGAAGCCCUAAUGUUCACCUACUGCCAGUGCCACCCCAGGGUGUGGCGGGAAAGAAGUUCACCCUUCUGACCAACCAGCGGUUCGACAAAUCGGGCGAACAGGGAACCCUUGAGGUUCUGUUCUGCAGCGUUUUUCCUUUGCAAAAUGGCAAAUUUUCGACGGUCUUUACGAUGAAUAUGGACUUCUCCGGGGGCAAUGUGGGCUCGACUCGUCUUGCGUGCAAGAAUGCCGCCGAAGAUGCGAUUCAUCUGCCAGCGUCUACGCACUUCUCUAAGCAUCCCUAUGACCGAGCCGAGCCUUUCUCCUAUCUCCAAUAUGAUCUGGAAGAUCUCGCGGAGCAUCAGUUUGUGGCCGUUGUGGACAAGGCUCAAUCUCCCACUAAAGGCUGGCUGUUGGCCGAGUUUUCCGACAGUUCAGAUGCUGUGAUCCGGGCUCGCCUAGGUUUGGGUGGUCUGCUCAGUGCCGGAUUGAAGAUGAGACUCCCGGCCAACCGUCCCAUGCUGACCGAAGUGAAGAUUCCCGCUUUGUACUCCAGUCUGUUGGAUUACAAUCUCAAAAUUGUUCGUCGGAACCACGGCAAUCAACAGGAGCUUUUCACUCCCCUUUUACGGCAAUCCAUUCCGGAUCCCCACGAGUCCAAGUUUUUCGUCAACGUGAAGGAUGUGAAUGUGAAUCUGCAUGGAGUGGCACCGUUCAUGCCUCCGCCGCUUCGCGAACAGGCUGCAGUGGGUGGUGUUUCCUUCCAGCUCUGGACGGACCCGAGCUGUGACUCCACGGUUGAUAUUUCCUUGCAUGUGGAUAUCGCUAGCAGUCUAGGCGAAUUGGUGAUGCGGUAUCGUACUGUUUUCGCUGCCUUCCCGAUCCUCGUGGUUGCCCUGGUCCUGCGUAAGCAGUUCCAGGUGUACGACCAGACGGGCUACUUCAUCACCUUUACAGAGGGCCUCGAUAGUGCGCUACGAUCCUCUUUGCCGAUGUUGCUGCUUGCCAUGUCCCUCUUGGCUUCGUCUCUCGCAACAUCUAGCCGGUUACCGCCCAGUGACGAUCCAUUCCAUUGGCCAUUAAACUCGACCGAGUCUCCAAUUGACUUUACCAAGAACGAUCUCCUCCUGGGCUCUCAGGAUGCCUUUUUCUGGUUCCUAGUGCCUCUCUUUGGGCUAAUCUGCGUGGGUGUCUGCGUGAUUCUCAAUUACAUCGCUCUGGCUCUUUUGUCCGUCCUCGCUUUCUUUUAUGGGAUUUUCAAGAGCAAGUCGGGCUACAUAAAGCGUGAUGACAAGAGGUUGGUACCUGGCUUCCAUUCGACGAGUGUCACUGUCACUAACGAAGCCAGUAAUCUUCCUAUCUUCUCCGCCCCGACACCCCGGAAACGUAUGAUCAACACGGCGAUCCUCCUCCUUCUGGUGUCGACAACGAUUCCGUAUCAGUUCGCCUACCUUGUGGCCUGUAUUGUGCAUUUAGCAACGUGUGUGCGAGCUCAAUGGCACGCAAAGGAAACCAAAUCCACGACGCAUUACAACUUCUUCAACUAUACACACUCCAUUUUCAUCUUGAUGCUGUGGAUUCUUCCGAUCAACAUCCUGGUUCUCUUGGUCUGGGCCCAUAACUUGGUCGUCCACUGGUUCAUGCCGUUCUCGUCACAUCAUAAUGUUUUGUCUAUAAUGCCCUUCAUCCUUCUCGUGGAAGCCAUGACGACGGGGACGAUGAUCCCCAGGGUCACCACACGUACAUCACCUCCCUCAUCCUCUUCUCCAUUGCCAUCUACGCGGCCGUCUACGGCGUCUCGUACGCGUAUCUCCUCCACCACCUAG